ACACGCCAACUGAUGGAGAGAGUGCUAAAACGGGUAUAAAAUGGCCGUCGAGCCACCCCCAUUCCCAACAACGAGAGAGGCCAGUGAGGGAGUGAAGGACUGAAGAACUCCUAGCCAGGGCACGUAUCAGUUCUGUCUUCCUUCCUCGAGAUGGCGGCGGCAAUGGCGGCAACGACAAUGGUGACCAAGAACAACCGCGCCUCGCUCGCCAUGGACAAGAAGAACUGGUUACUGAGGCCGGUCCCUGAGAUCGCCUUCCCUUGGAGCUCGAAGCCCGAGACCAGGAGCUUGGACUUCCCACGCAUGGCUCUGUUCGCCAGCGUGGGACUCAGCCUGUCCCACGGCGCCCAGCCGGUGGCGCGCGAGCAUGACGGGAAGGCUCGGCCCGCCGACGACGUCGCGCACCAGCUCGCAGCCGCGGGCGAGGCGGGCGUCCAGAAGGCCCAGAAGGCGAAAAAGGCCAAGAAGCAGCAGCUGGGUCUGAGGAAGGUGAGGGUCAAGAUCGGCAACCCGCACCUGCGGCGGCUGGUCAGCGGCGCCAUCGCCGGCGCCGUGUCGAGGACUUUCGUGGCGCCCCUGGAGACGAUCAGGACGCACCUGAUGGUGGGAAGCUCCGGCGCCGACUCCAUGGCCGGGGUUUUCCGGUGGAUCAUGGGGACGGAGGGGUGGCCCGGCCUCUUCCGCGGCAACGCCGUCAACGUCCUCCGCGUCGCGCCAAGCAAGGCCAUCGAGCACUUCACUUACGACACGGCGAAGAAGUACCUAACCCCGGAGGCCGGCCAGCCAGCCAAGGUCCCCAUCCCCACGCCGCUCGUCGCCGGAGCGCUCGCCGGAGUGGCCUCAACCCUGUGCACCUAUCCCAUGGAGCUCGUCAAGACCCGUCUCACCAUCGAGAAGGACGUGUACGACAACCUCCUCCACGCGUUCGUCAAGAUCGUGCGCGACGAAGGCCCCGGGGAGCUGUACCGCGGGCUGGCGCCGAGCCUGAUCGGCGUGGUGCCGUACGCGGCGGCCAACUUCUACGCCUACGAGACGCUGCGCGGCGUGUACCGCCGCGCGUCGGGGAAGGAGGAGGUGGGCAACGUGCCGACGCUGCUGAUCGGGUCCGCGGCGGGCGCCAUAGCCAGCACCGCCACGUUCCCGCUGGAGGUGGCGCGGAAGCAGAUGCAGGUGGGCGCCGUGGGCGGGAGGCAGGUCUACAAGAACGUCCUGCACGCCAUGUACUGCAUCCUCAAGAACGAGGGCACCGCCGGACUCUACCGCGGGCUCGGCCCCAGCUGCAUCAAGCUCAUGCCCGCCGCCGGCAUCUCCUUCAUGUGCUACGAGGCCUGCAAGAAGAUACUCGUCGACGACAAAGAAGACGAGCCCCAGGAGGAGACGGAGACCGGACAGGCAGGAGGACAGGCGGCGCCCAAGAGCUCCAACGGUGCUCGCCCAUGAACGCGAUGAAGCAUUAUGGUGACCGUCAAAAUCAGAAGAAAAUGCGUGAUUUGAAAUUUUGAAGUGUAGAGCCUAGUGCGAUUGAAUCCUAAGCUGGAAGUGGCGCCUUAGAAGUUGAAUUUCGUUUUGUUCAGGGAACAUGCUCUGUUUCAGUAAUGCCGAAGAUUGAUUUAUGGCACCUUUCUGAUCAAUUCAAUAAGAAAGAAGUCCACUUUUGGACCUUCAACUUUGCCCCAA